UCGUCAGACAAGUUCCAAACUAAAGAGUUUAAUCGUCACGUAACCUUUAAGAGUCUUAGAAUCAGCCUCUUCCGUCGGGUCAUUCGAACCACGCAGGAGUGGUUUAUUGUUUUAAAACCCUUACCCAUAAGAAGGCUGGUAUAAAAUCGCACAGACUUGUCACGACUGAUGAACUGAAGAGGAUUAAUGGUUUACAUGAGGAAAUAAAGAUGGCGGUAGACGUGACGACUCGAGAGUUUGCUCAGCUUGACUGGCUAAAACGUGCUGCGUCAAAUAAUGACAAGAUGCACCUCACGAACUAUGCUUCAGAAAACAAAGAAUUGAGAGAACGUGUACGACAGCUUGAAGAAUACAACUGGGAACUCGAGGUUUACAUAUUUAAUCUUUCAGUCGGUAUCAGUCAGCACAGGAAACCUACAUCAGACGUUUUGUGUGCAAAAACAGAGUCUAGUGAAAUACAGUUCGAAAGAAUAACCUCGAAAACAGAUGAAAUAUUGCCUGAACGUAUAACGUUAGAAACAGAUACUGAUAAAAUAUUGCCUGAACGUAUAACGUUAAAAACAGAUGCUGAUGAAAUAUUGUCCGAAGCUGUAACGUCUAGAAUAAACACCGAAAUUAAUGAAAUACUGUGCACAGGUAUAACUUCGAAUGCAGAUACAGAUUUAAGCGAAAUGCUGUCCGAAGGUGAAACUUCGAAAACUGAUACAGAAUUCAACGAAGUUUUGUUCGAAGGUAUAACGUCGAAAACAGAUACAGAAUUUAACGAAAUGUUGUCUGAAGAUGUAACGUCUAGAAUAGAUGCCGAAAUUAAUGAAAUACUGUGCAGAGCUGUAACUUUGAAAACAGAUACAGAAUUUAGCGAAAUGCUGUCCGAAGGUGUAAAUUCGAAAACAGAUACAGAAUUUAACGAAAUGUUUUCCAAAAGUGUAAAUUCGAAAACAGAUACAAAAUUUUGCGAAAUGUUUUCCAAAAGUGUAAAUUCGAAAACAGAUACAGAAUUUACUGAAAUGUUGUCCGAAGAUGUAACGUCAAAAGCAGAUGGUGAACUUAAUGAAAUAUUCUCUGAAGAUACAACCCGAAAAUUAGAAUCAACCGAAAUAUUCACAGAAACGGAAGAAUUUAGAGAAAUAUUGCUUUACGUUAAACCCACAAAAACAGAUGCAGAAUUUAAUAAAAUAUCAUUCGAUAGAAUAACUUCAAACACAUAUGUAGAAUUUAAUGAUAUUUCGCCCGAAUGCACCACAAAAACAGACGCAGAAUCAAACGAAACAGAUGAAGAAUUUUUUAACAUAUUCACGGGAAAUAAUACCACAGAACCAAAUGCAGAUUUUAACAAACAAAUAGAUUUAGAAUUUCGACCCAGAACAUUUAGGCCAAUGCAGAAUUUAACGAAAAAGCAAGUGAAAAAUUUAAUGAAAUGUCGUCCAAAGAUCAAUUCACAAAAGCAAGUACAGAAUUUUAUGAAAUAUCUCCUGAGGACAGAACUACAAAAAACAGAUGAAGAAUCAAAUUAUAUAUUACUAGAAGGCGAAAGCUUAAAAAACUAAAAUAUUAGAUCUACAGAAAUAAAGCCACAAACAAUAGACGCGGGAGCUAACGAAAUGUUGUACGGACAGGAAUAUCACCAAAAACGGAUGAAGAAUUUAAGGAAGUAGGCCUAUAGCCCAGAGAUUGGCCAUUCCGUCUGUUUGUCUGUCCGUCAGUAAGUCCGUUCUUCGCCCUACCUGUCAUACUACAACAAAAUUAAACAUACUAGUAUUCAAGUGUGGGGUUUUUGGCAUCUGUGGUCAAAGAAAUAGUGUACGCUCGAGACGUCAUACUUUCGGUGGAGCUUGGGGCCGUGGACUAUUCUAAUGUAGUAGCUAGUGCAAUUCAUGCCCAACAGAUCUGUACACUAUACGUAACUGGAUAUGCAUAUUUCAGAACACACCUUUCUUCUACUAUAACUGUUGCAGUGUGACAUAUAUUGAUACAUAACUCUAGAACCAAACUGUAGAUCAGGCGCGUAUGUAUAGGGCAAAAUGUUCUGCUUUUACAAAUAUAUUUUCCGGAGCAGCAUCGCUCGAUCCCCCUAUAAACUUCACUCGCCACAGUCUAGUCCCACCCCCUGCAUAAAUCCCUUCACAUGCGCCUGUAGAUGUCUAAUUUAAACACUUUAAAAAUUGUUUUAUUUUAAUGGAAAUUAAUAUUAAAUAAACAGGCAUAAAAGAGUGUUAAUCAUGCUAUUAUAACGCUCCCAAAUGCAUCAAGCUGCAAACGGAUAUAUUUUGAUUGGUCGAAUGGCAGGUCAACUAGACAUGGGAUAGCAUUCGCGUUGCUUAGCUCUUCUCACGUAGACAGUAAGAUAUGAUUUUAAUAAGACAGCUGUAAUUUUAAAAUUGAUUAAAAAGACAAUAGCCGAACAUUCAGGACAGCCUCUUUAUAACUUUUAGUAUUGUGCGUUGGUCCAACAUUCUGAACUUACAUGCAUGUGGCCUAUUGCACAGUUUACUUAAAUGAUUGGCUAUAUAGUUAGCGAUAUUAAUUUUGUUAAUAUGUUUAAACAUACUCAUCGAUUUGUUUCAGUUAAUUCAACAUUGUUUAAAGUUUUAAGUUUUCUUUUUAUAGUUAGAAGUUAUUAUUAUUUGUCAGUGAGUGAGUACUUGUUAUAGUUAAUAAGAGAUACGAUAAUUAGUUUCACUUUGCUUGAUCUCUUUAUAAUCUAAACUGAUAUACUAGUAUUGUUCUACCACCAAAUAUAUUUAAAGGUCUUGUCAAUAUCUUAAUUGUAUAUUUCACUGUUCUAACUUUAUUAAUAAUUUAACUUUGAAAGCUUGUCCACAUAUUUGCAUUAUUUGUUUGUUUUUUGCUGCAUUUAUUAUCAUUUUGUUGUUGUUUUUUUGGAUUUGUUUUGCUACAUCUACUAAAGAUUCAUUGGUUUGAUAUCGCCAUAGGCGUACGGGCUCCCAUUUUUGUAGGGGUGGGGUUGCAGACUGGUUUUUGCCCGAAUUAAACGAAAAUGACCAAAACUGGAUAACAACAUUUAUUCAUAUCAGGAUUACUGCCAAACAGCUAUAUAUGGUUGUAAACGAAUUACUACGCUUUGUUACAUGGCUUACACCUAAUUUUGCGGGUAGAAUGAUGGAAAUACGUGGUAAAACAUUAUUAGGUUAGCACAAUUUGCCCGAAUAUCUCUAUAAUGUUUUCUGGAAUAUGAAGACUUGCUCCAGCACUAAGGGGACAAUUGCCCCCACCCUCUUUUGCCCCCCCCCCACCCCCCCCCCACACACACACACACGUCUGGUACGCUUAUGGAUUUCACGAUUUAUAAUCUGAAUCUCACUGUUUUUACUUCAGGCUAAAAUGUUCCUUUGCAGAUGUAAACAUCGCAUAAAGCAAUUCGAUGUCGAUGAAGUUAAUGAGGUGGCAAUUGUGAAAUUAUCGAUGGCUUGGUGAUGAAGUUGCUGAGAUCACAAGGAUGAAAUUAUUGAGGUUGUAGUGAUGAACUUGCUGAGAUCACAAGGUGAAAUUAUUAAGGUUUUGUUGAUGAACUUACUAAGAUCACGAGGAUGAAAUUAAUGAGGUUGUGAUGAUGAAGUUACUGAGAUCACAAGGAUGAAAUUAUUACGGUUGUGAUGAUGAAGGUACUAAGAUCACAAGGAUGAAAUUAUUGAGGUUGUGCUGAUAAUUUACUGAAAUUUCUUUUACGAGUAUGACAGUAUUGAGGUUGUGAUGAUGAAGUUACUGAGAUCACAAGGAUGAAAUUAUUACGGUUGUGAUGAUGAAGGUACUAAGAUCACAAGGAUGAAAUUAUUGAGGUUGUGCUGAUAAUUUACUGAAAUUUCUUUUACGAGUAUGACAGUAUUGAGGUUGUGAUAAUGAAGUUUCUGAGAUUUUUUACGAGUAUGAUAGUACUGAGGUUGUGAUAAUGAAGUUUUUGAGGUUUUG